GCUGGUCGCACAAGAGAGACCAAUUGGAAUGGGGGAAAUCUCGCCUUAUCCACACUCUCAGCCACAAUCCUAACUUCAUUCUUUUCCACAUCCCCCUCCUUCCUGAUCAACUCAUCAAAGAAUGAUCCAAAUACCAAUUUCAAUCCUCUUAAUCCCAUCUUUUCAUCAAGUUUGUUUUUCCCAUUAAUAUUUCUAGAAAGUAAUCCCAUCUUCAAACAGCAAAAAUGGCUGCCAUGAACUCCAGCGUGUUAUGCAACAACUAUGCCAUAUCAUCACCCGCUGCUUCAUCAUCUCAGUUCAUUGCAAAGAGUGCUUCUGCAAUGACAACUCCAAUUCCAACUUGUUCUAAACUGCCUCCCACAAUCAAGUUUCAGAGACAAGAAGCAAUUCGUAUGGAGACUGAAAACGAAAAGGGCAGAAGAGUUGCUCUGCUUACCCUUGCAGCUGCCCUUUUUGCCACUGCUGCUUCUCCCUCUUCUCCUGCAAAUGCUGGAAUCAUAGAGGACUAUCUUGAAAAAAGCAAAGCCAACAAGGAAUUGAAUGACAAGAAAAGACUGGCCACAAGUGGUGCUAACUUUGCCAGAGCCUAUACUGUUCAGUUUGGAACAUGCAAGUUCCCUGAAAAUUUCACUGGCUGCCAAGACCUUGCCAAACAAAAGGUUUUAUUUUGAACUCUUCUCAAUUUAUGGGGGAAAAAGGUUUCGUCCCACUUUUUGUUGACAAGAAGUACCCGAGAAUGUGGUAUUAAUAAGCUAAAAUAAAGUUUCAUGAUGGAAUGACAGAGAGUAGCAUUCAUCACUGAUGACUUGGAAUUGGAAUGUGAAGGCAAGGAUAAACACAAGUGCGGUUCCAAUGUUUUCUGGAAAUGGUGAAGUGUGUAAGCCUGUGAUCAUCAUUCCUAAGAAGUAUUUACAUAUCAUUUCCUCCAUGUAAAACCUAUAAUUCAUGAGUUGUUUUGUCAUUCCUAAUGCAUAUAAUUGUUAGUACCUACUAAUCUAACUUUUAAAUUUUAAAUAAGAUGAGAAAGUCCACCUCUGAUAUGGUGGGUAAAAAUUUG